UUUUGCCCCAAACCUCUUCUAAGAGAACCCUUUGGGACCAAAUCUACGCUGUUCCCUAACCCAAUGUGUCAUAUAGUCAGUGUUGUGUAUAUGUGGGGGGUGAUGUUAAAACCCAGGCAGUAGGUGUGUGACGGUGGCAGCAGUGGUGCAUGUUGUUGCAGUGGUGUGUUUGUGCUGCUGCUGCUGUGCUCAUGGCUCAGAGGAGGGCUGCUGGUGGCUGCUGCUGCCCCAGGGCGCCCAUGAACGAGGAUAACGCCCGCUUCUGCCUGCUGGCCGCCCUCAUCCUGCUGUAUUUGCUGUGUGGGGCGGCCAUCUUCUCAGCCCUGGAGCACCCCUUUGAGCUGCGUGCCCGUCGACUGUGGAAACAGCAGCUGAACAACUUCACCCAGAGGUACAGGGUCAACCUGGGCGCCCUGCACACGCUGCUGCGCCAGUAUGAAGAGGCCAACGGAGCUGGGAUCCGAGUGGACACACUGAGACCCCGCUGGGACUUUUCAGGAGCUUUCUACUUUGUGGGCACAGUGGUCUCCACUAUUGGUUUCGGCAUGACCACGCCAGCAACCAUCGCUGGAAAAAUCUUCUUAAUCUUCUACGGUCUGAUUGGCUGUGCUGCCACCAUCCUCUUCUUUAACCUCUUCCUGGAGCGGAUCAUUACGAUGUUGGCCUACAUCAUGCGCUGGUGUCAUGAGCGCCGGCUGAGGUGUGCUGGAGUAGGGGUCAUGUCGAGCAGGGAGGAGCCCCCCGAUGAGGACGACAGCCUCGAAGGUUGGAAACCGUCGGUCUAUUAUGUGAUGCUGAUUCUUGGAGUGGCGUCAGUUGUGAUUGCGUGCAGUGCCUCCACUCUGUACAGCUCCAUGGAGAACUGGAGUUAUGUGGACUCCCUUUACUUCUGCUUUGUUGCUUUCAGUACCAUUGGUUUCGGGGACUUUGUGAGCAGUCAGCGACAGCAGUAUGAGUCUCAGGCGGCCUACCGACUCGGGAACUGCCUUUUCAUUCUCAUGGGAGUGUGUUGUAUCUAUUCACUUUUCAAUGUCAUUUCUAUUAUAAUUAAGCAAACUCUAAACUGGAUCCUGGGUAAGCUGGUCUGCCCUGGGUCUCAUCAGGCCUGUUCCUGUUCUACGGGGGGCUGCUGGUGGCUCUGUUGCCCCUGCCUCCAUAAGAAAAAACACAACCGCAUUCGUCCCCCUGCACACCUGAGCCAAAAACGCUUUAAAUGCAACACUGUGCAGCCCAUUUCCUCUCACUGUCCUGCAGGAAGACAACGCUAUAAAGACGGCUCGGUGGAGACAGUGUGUGACAGUGAGACAGAUGGAGCUGCAGGGGCUGAUGGGAUACAUGUGGGCCGGCGUCUGUCAGGAGAAAUGAUCUCUGUCAAUGAGUUCAUGGUGUCCAAUAAGGUGUCUCUGGCACUGCUUCAGAAGCAGCUGAGUGAAACAGCUCACCAGGGCCCACGGCCGAGCUAUGGACACCAAAAUGGAUUCUCUGGGGGGGUGGGAGCCUUGGCCAUCAUGAACAACCGCUUACAGGAAACCAGUGUGGAUAGGUAG